AUGUCCGGAGAAGCUGUCGUCGUCACACUGGAAACGGGCAUCGGGCCCCCCACGUCGUUCCCCGUUGUUCUGAAGAAAAUAAUGGAAAUGCCUCCGCCGAAUAUACUGGACGGUGAUGAAGACACUGACAAGGAGAAGCUGGGUCUGGAUGACAGUGCCGACCUGGGCGGAGGAGUCAGCGAGAUGGGGCCGUCAGCCGUCCUUAACCCCGCUAUCUGGGACAAGACCAUCCCCUAUGGCGACGAGGACUUCCACCUGGAGUACAUGGACCUCGAGGAGUUCCUCAUGGAGAACGGCAUCUCCGCCUCACAGGGAGAAGACUCCCUCCAGGGGAGCAUUUCGAUGGAAAAGAAGAAGGCCGUCAAGACCGAGGAGGUUACGCCGGCCGACGUGGGCCUGCUGCCCAUUGAGGAGCUGGGUAAGUGUGAUGAGGAGGUGGUGAUCAUCACUAACUGCGAGACAGACAUCACGUGUGAUGUUACGUCAGAAGUAAAAACAGAAGCAGAGUGCACGUCCCCAGAGUCUGUCAAUCCUGACGAAAUCGAAGUCGAAAUCAACUACGAGCCAGACCCCACAGACCUGGUCUUGUCUAGUGUACCGGGGGGCGAACUCUUCAACCCCCGCAAACACAAGUUCAGCGAAGAAGAGCUCAAGCCUCAGCCCAUGAUUAAGAAAGCUAAAAAGGUGUACGUUCCUGACGAACAGAAGGACGAAAAGUACUGGCACAGACGAAACAAGAACAACGUGGCAGCCAAGCGCUCACGCGACGCCCGCAGACUAGAAGAGAACCAGAUCACGGUGCGAGCGGCGUUCCUGGAGCGGGAGAACUCGGUUUUGAGGACUGAGGUGGCGGACCUGCGCAUGGAGUGCAGCUCCUACAAGGACAUCGUGGGUCACUACAAAGCCAAAUUUGGAAAACUGUAAGGGACACAAUAUGUGUAUGAAAUAUUGUCAGAUGUACUGACCCAACACAAUACACU